GAUGGGAAUCGGGUAACAACCAAUGAGUUUUGCGAUAGCGUCAGAGGAGAAGCUAUCUUAUUUCCGGUACUUGUCUGGUGGCAACAAGGCGUCUAAAAUGUUUAUGAACGCUAUUAUGUAAACUAUUUGUAAUUGACCAAACUUACUCUAGAUUCGUUAGGAAUGUAAAAAUAGAACCAUGGUGGAUAACAGAUAUGCGACGGCUCUAGUCAUCGGUUCGGUUCUGAGCCUGCUGGCCGCGGUCUACCUCUCCGCGGCUGUGGGGACUCAGCACUGGUUCCAGUACAGUAGCCCCCCCGCCAACCGGACCACCAAUGUGUCCCGGCUCAGAGAGGACUUUCUGAGGGGGGACUCCAAUGAGAAGAACCACACGGACGUCAUGUUCCGCCUGAACGGCACUCUGGGGUUGUGGUGGAGAUGCAUUCAGGUGCCUCGAGAAUCAGAUCACACCUUUGAAACCAAGUGCGAGUCCUUCAGCUUAAACCAGCAGUUCAUGCCAAAGUACAGAAAUCUCAACAUCAAUGCUGAAGAGGACCUGCUGAGAACAUACCUGUGGAGGUGUCAGUUUCUCCUUCCCUUGGUCUCACUGGCUCUGGUCGUCCUCGCUGGCCUUGUAGGGCUCUGUGCCUGCCUCUGCCGUAGCUUCACUCCAACCUUGGUUGUGGGUGUACUACAUUUUCUAGCAGGUCUUUGCACUCUGGGCAGCGUCUGCUGUUUCCGGGCAGGGGUUGAUUUACUCACCUAUUACCACCCGCCUCCCAAAGGCGUGAAGGGCUCCAUGGGCUGGUCUCUCUACCUCGCCCUCAUCUCCUUCCCUCUGCAGAUGAUGGCAGCCGCUCUGUUCCUGUGGGCCGCCAAGAGCCACCGCAAGAACUACACCCGCAUGAUGGCGUACAGAGUCGCAUAAAUGCAUCAGAAAGUUAAAGCAAACGUCAUUGAAAUGAGAUUAUGGGGAGUAGCUUUCAGUCUUCUAACAGAUGAAAGUAGUUACUGACUACUGUUAUCUAAAGGGAUGAAAUACUUGCAGCUAAAUCCUGAGGUGCUCACACUUAAGUUCUUUUCUUGCAUUUCCAUUUUCCGACAAGUUGUUUAUUUCUGGUUGAGUUUUUAAAUCCUACUUUAAUUUAAAUGUAUUGCUUUGCCUUCUUUUACAUUGCCAAUGCUUUCAAAGCUGCUCACCAUUCAGUCCUUAAGUCCUUUCACUUGUUAAAAAAAAUAAAUGGAGGGAAAAAACCUGUCUCACUCGCCUUUGAAGCAUUGAGUUUUGUUCUAUUUUUGCAUAUUUAAAUGAAAGGCCUUUGCUCUGCAUGCCUUUGUAGCUGACCUUUCCAUCAGCUGUGGUAGUUGUUGAUUUCAGUCUGUGGUUUAUGCCGACUAAAUGUCAGGAAAUGUCACUCACUAAAAAUGGAACCACUUACCUUUUUUUUUUAAAGUUUUUCUGUUUUUAAAAAUAAAGUUAGUUUAUUCAAACAUUAACGUAAGAAAUCAUUUGAAUACGCAAAAAAAAAAGGUCAACUCUUGUGUAUGGUUUUGUACAUGGUGUGUCGUAUUUCAAAAAAUGUAAAGUUCCUGUGUUGUUUUAUUCUGUUCAAAAUAACAACAGAGCCUUAAACUGUGAGACAGAAGCAGCAAUAGACAAAAUAAAAACAUGAACACAGUA